AUGCUGCAGGAUCCCUCACAGCGCACCCGCACUCCACCCCAGCGCGCUCAGUCCUCCGCUUGGCGUCCGUCUGGUCUUGCGUCUCUCGCGUUGUGUGUGGGGGUCGUCGUGGGUCGAGUCUCUGAGCGGGAAGUGCGUGCGUCGUGCGUGUGUCGGUGCGAUUCGCCGUCCCCCUUCGGGUGUUUUCACGAGUACUAUGUUAUGAAAGGGGAUGGGGAAGACGAGGGGAUCGGUAUCGAAGCAUCGGAGAAAAUGGCUGGUUGUGGGGCCAAAUGCGCCAAGGCUGUUUUGGUCGCCUUCAAUUUCUUCUUUUGGAUCUCCGGGUGCGUGCUGCUGGCGAUAGGGAUCUGGAUCAUCGUGGAUCCCUCAAAGACGAGGCUGUUCGGCCUGGUGUCGGAUGCCUCGGGGGCAUCCGAGGUCCUUCCUUACAUGGCCUAUGCCCUCUGUAGCCUGGGGGGAUUCGUCAUCCUCGUUGGAUUCUUUGGAUGCUGCGGCGCACUCCAGGAGAACAAGUGCAUGCUUGUCACCUACUUCCUGUGCUUAUUCCUGAUCCUGUGUGCGGAGCUGACCGUCGGAAUCUUCUGCUAUAUCUACCGGGACUUCCUCCUCAAGGACCUUCAACACCACCUCAAGGGGAAGUUGAAAAGGGAUUAUGGGAAACCGGAGCACAAGACCUUCACGGACUCCAUGGACUACAUUCAGUUCAAGUUCGCAUGCUGCGGAAUCGAGGGGGAUCAAGACUACAAUCAGAGCCACUUUCAGAUUGGGAGCACGCAGUAUGGGAACAGGCACUACCCAUACACUUGCUGCAGACUUUCGAACGCGAACGAUCCGGAUGCAUGGGAAAAACCGACGCCGAUUGACCCGGGUUCGUGCGAGACCAAACAAUCGACGCAAAACACUCGACAAACUAGAUACACCAUCGGCUGUUUCCAGGAACUCCGGAAUUGGUUCGAACUGGAGAGUCUCGUACUCAUCAUCAUUGCUCUGGGAGUCGGCGGAAUGGAGGUGUUUGGGAUGAUCUUCUCCAUUUGCUUGUGUCGUAACAUCGGCGAGGAAGCCUGAGAAAACAGAUGGACUUCGGACGAUCUCGUGCGAGAGAAAACUUGGCGUUUUCCCCUCCACAUUCCCUUUUGACCGCCUGCGGUCUAUCAAGUAUCGACUACCUUCGACACCCCCCCUCGUGGAGAAACAAAUAUCAACUACCUUUUUCCAAGUCCAUCUCAGGAUCCCUCUGUAUUCUCUCAAAUGUGUGAAGCAUCAAAAAGAACCUGGCUUGUGUGUUUUGUGGACCGACAGGACAGGUUUUUCUUUGCGAGUGUCUGUGGCAAGUGCUGGUAAAAAAAAAAAAACUUGAAAAGUCUUUAUGUGGCGAUGUUGCGUUGAAACGUGUGUCGCGACACGUAUUGUGUUCAGACAUUUGUUGCCCGGUCGCGGUACUCAGUGGUACACUACGCGUGCUCGUGCAACAAAUCAUCUUGCGUCUUUGGAGACAUCUUGUGCUGCAACGCUUGCGUCACAUCACAUUGUGAAGCAAAAGAUCCAUGUCAAAACAUCGACUGCAUCAUACGCGUUACUCACGAUACAUGGGGUGCAUGAUACAUGUAACAUGAUACAAUGAGAUGCACGACACACGUGCUGCAGCACUCGUGUCGCACCAACUUGUGAUGCAACACUUUUAUGUCAGGACAUUGUCUACAUGCUAUGUGUUUGGAUGGUAGCGAUUGGGUUUUAAUCUGUAAACUCGUACAACCGGGUCACAGUUUCUGUUCCAAUGUGACAGUUUCAUCGCGAAUCGUGCCGUAACAUGUCGAAGUACACGUGACGUUGAAGCACACCCACAGCACAACGUAACGAUGUGUCACGACGAGACAGACGCGAGACUCGUAACACUGCCCGCGGUGAUCGUAUGAAUCGGAUGCGUGAUGACUGUCGCGACACACAUUGCGUCGAGACACGCCCAACAAGGGCAUAUUGUGUGUGUUCUUGCUUCAUUCUUAUUGGUUCGAGUGAGGAAGAAAAACCCUGCGGUGCCACGCAGGGGAAACUGGUUGAAAGAUGGUCCAUUCCGUAAUGAGCGUGCGUGAGGUGCAAGUCUUCGCCCCAAGUCUUCGCAGCACUGGGACAAACACAUCCUAUUCCAAUACUCGUCUGUACAUAGAUAUACGGUACAUGGAGAGAAGAAAAACGGACUGAAGUUCAAAUCUGUUCUCUUUCGCUGUCAGCGUCACUGACGUGUGCGUGUUCUGUGUGAUGCGACUCCAUUUUGUCUAGCUUGUGCUAAAGCCGUCUCGUAUGCCCAUAUUGGCGACAAGCUCCAUCUCAUCUCGUUUUCGAUGUUCCCGAAAGGCUCAUCUCUGAAAAAGCUGUGACGAUGUUCUCGUUCAUCCCUAGGAAAGCUUAGAAUUCCAUCACUCUCUCAUCAACAUUUUUUUCCUCUGUUAGUAUGACAUUGUAGGAAAUCCCAGUUUAACCUCUUUCUUCUUCAAUCUCCCCUGCAGUGAUUUAAAAAAUUUUCUUUUGUGUGGUGGAAAAAAAAAGGUGUGUUAGCUGAAACUUGUGAUAUUGUACCCCAGUGCUCAGACCCCAACAUGUAUUGGCAUUUAUUUUGUAAGCCUUUUUACUUAGUGAUUUGAUGAACUAGUCUCUGUAAUUACCGGGUCUUGGACCCCGUUCACGCGGCCCCGAAGUUUUUUCGAUCCGACAACACCAGGCAGACUUCAAAAGUUAAAUUUUCAUCGUAUUCGAGGACCGCGUGAACGAGAUUCAAACUGCCCUUUGUAGCAUGCAAAAAAAUCUCAAGUCUAAACCUCAAGAGUCGCAAGACUUGUCCCUAAAGUACAAGAUCCUUCCUUUGCUCUCCCCAGCAAAUCAAACUCGUGAAACUGCCAAAGAUUUUUUCAUUAUUCUCCCCGAAGAGUCAACCUCGUUUUCUGACGUUCUCGCUAUCUCUUUUCCAAGUGUUUGCUUUUCAUGAUCAGCAAUGUAUACAUGUCCCACGAUUUGCGGAAUAAAUGUUCGAAGAUCCUCCGCC